AUGGCUCGGCGGUCCGUGUUAUGCGUUCUUCUGUCGCUCCUUGGUCUUUUCCUCGUCGGAACUGUUGUCGUUCUUUCUUCCAUUUCUUCUUACCUUACUAUCGAUCCCGACGCAUAUCUGUCCGAGCACAAAGUACCCACACUUCGCAGCCAUGACCGCUGGAACGCCACAGAACAUGGCUGGGUAGAACGGGUACCAAGAGUACUUCAUCAGACGGCCAAGACGGAUAUUCUCUCAGAGAAAUGGAGAUCGGUGUCGCUGCAAUGUCAGAAUAUAAUGCCAGACUAUGAAUACAUGCUCUGGACAGACGAAUCCUCUCGAAAAUUUAUUAUCGAAUACUAUCCUUGGUUUCUACGAACGUAUGAUGGAUAUCGUUUUCCGAUACAGCGUGCAGAUGCAAUCCGGUAUUUCGUCUUGUAUCACUACGGAGGUGUGUACUACGACGUCGACAUUGGCUGUAGGCGUCCACUAGACCCACUCCUCGCAUACCCCGUCAUUCUCCCAAAAACAAUCCCAGUUGGUGUUUCCAACGACCUCAUGUUCUCAACAAAAGGUCACCCAUUCUUCGCCCAACUUAUCCACAACCUUGCCACCUUUGAUCAUUCUUGGUUCCUCAACUACCCUACGGUCAUGUUCUCUACCGGACCUAUGUUUCUUUCCAUACAGUACACCAUCUGGACUUCUUCCCACGCUGCUGCUCUCAGUGACCCCAUCCGUAUCCUACCAAAGUCUCUCUAUGGCAAAAAUGCCAAGGACGGUGAAGCGCCCCAUUCAUUUUUCACACAUUUCUAUGGCAGCAGCUGGCAUGCCGACGACGCCGUAUUCAUUGGUUUCCUUGGCCAUUGGGGCAACAAGUUGAUGUUAGCGGGUGUUCUCUUCCUCAUAGCUGGGUUAGGGUUCAUGGUAUUGCCUACUAGACAGCGCAGGCAAGUUAUGCGCUUGUUGGGUAGACUGUUUCCCCGUUGGGUGUCCGACUCUUCAUUAGGCGACAGAGCGAACGAUCGUCUUAGACGUCAACGCCGCGUCCUCUUUUUCCUUCCAGUGUCGAUUCACCCGCACGAUGUUGAAUUAAGUCCUUCAUUAGAGGAGAUGCGUUUGGAGAAACGCUGGCACGUCCAGGAGCUAGGGCCUGGGCUUGAAGAAUCUGGGCGCCAAAGAUCGUCGAGUUUGUCUCAUCCUCGCGAUGUCUAA